UCGGUUGGAGGCCGGACCUCGGUUCCAGCCCUUGCCCAGACGAGGCCCGGUGAGUCUGAACCCGGAAAGGGUGGAGCCUCUGAGCGCAGACCCGGAAGGGACAGAGACGCUUCCGAGCCUAGACUAGGAAACCAGGUUCCUAGGAUCUUAGGCCGGAUAGUCCACCAAGUAUAUUUCAGCCUAGCGGAGACGGCGCUGCUGGGGCGGGACUGGGAACCUAAGGUAGCCGGGGCGGAGUUCCACCGCGAUUGCCAGGCUAGCGGGAGGCGGAGCGGCGGGGAGCGCUGUGUGGCCCGGAUGUUCGGGUGCUGCGUUCGGACCAGCUUCUCCGGGCUUCUCUGGAGAACCUAGUGUGGCCAAUGGCUGUCGAUAUCCAACCAGCAUGCCUUGGACUCUAUUGUGGGAAGACCCUACUAUUUAAAAACGGCUCCAGUGAAAUCUAUGGAGAAUGUGGGGUGUGUCCAAGAGGCCAGAGGACCAAUGCACAGAAGUACUGUCAGCCUUGCACAGAGACCCCCGAGCUUUAUGACUGGCUCUAUCUUGGAUUUAUGGCGAUGCUUCCUCUUGUCCUGCACUGGUUCUUCAUUGAAUGGUACUCGGGGAAAAAGAGCUCCAGCGCUCUUUUCCAGCACAUCACUGCACUGUUUGAGUGCAGUGUGGCAGCCAUCAUCACUUUGCUCGUGAGUGACCCAGUGGGCGUCCUUUACAUCCGUUCCUGCCGAGUACUGAUGCUGUCCGAUUGGUACACGAUGCUCUACAACCCGAGUCCAGAUUACGUGACCACAGUGCACUGCACCCACGAAGCUGUCUACCCGCUGUACACCAUCGUGUUUGUUUAUUACGCAUUCUGCUUGAUGCUAAUGAUGCUUCUCCGGCCUCUGCUGGUGAAGAAGAUCGCCUGCGGACUAGGGAAGUCGGAGCGGUUCAAAAGCAUUUAUGCUGCUCUUUACUUCUUCCCCAUUUUGACCGUGCUGCAGGCCGUGGGUGGAGGCCUCUUGUACUAUGCCUUCCCGUACAUUAUAUUAGUGCUGUCUUUGGUUACUCUGGCUGUGUACAUGUCUGCUUCUGAAAUAGAGAGCUGCUAUGAUCUCCUGGUCAGGAAGAAAAGACUCAUUGUUCUCUUCAGCCACUGGCUGCUGCACGCCUAUGGGAUUGUCUCCAUCUCCAGAGCAGACAGACUGGAACACGACCUACCGCUUUUGGCUUUGGUACCGACACCAGCUCUGUUUUACCUGUUCACUGCAAAAUUUACUGAACCAUCGCGGAUACUCUCAGAGGGGGCCAAUGGACACUGAGUAUAGAAUGCCAACAAACAAAACAAAACAAACAAAACCGCUAAAAAGUAUUCUUAAUAAAAAAUGUAAAGAAGAAAUUAAAUGUAUUAAUAGCAUUCUGUCCUACAUGGGAACAAGAUUGUAUGGACAUCUUUUUUUUUUUUUUUUUUUUUUUUUUUUUUUGGUUUUUCGAGACAGGGUUUCUCUGUGGUUUUGGAGCCUGUCCUGGAACUAGCUCUUGUAGACCAGGCUGGUCUCGAACUCACAGAGAUCCGCCUGCCUCUGUGUAUGGACAUCUUAAUGCUUGUUUUUUAUCCUUUGAUUAGUGGACCUUGUGAUUGGACUCGGAGAUCGCACAGCAUCAUGGUACUGUGCUAUACAUACGUUAUCUGUCACACUGGAAGCCUGGACAGCCAUGUUUCUGUGUGCCUGUGCUAUUGGGUGUCUCCCAGCUGUUUAUGAAAACCCAGCAUCAAGUAUAUUCGGAACUCCUUCGCUGCGGCAUCCUUACUCCUGCCUGUGAGCUCGGCCUUUGGCUUUCUCCGCUAAGGGAUUACAAAGGCAGAUGUACCCAUGGAGAGUGAGGGCAACCACAGAAGCAAAGGGGUGUUUUUUGUCAAUAUCUAUUUAUUUUCACCAGUACAGUAUUUUAGUAAUAUUGCAAAAAUAAAGCCUAAUUUAUAUAAUAAGCUUUCUGUUCAUAGACAGACAGUUUGGUUGUGGACGUGCUCAAAUUAUUGUUCCUGUAAAGAAGAAAACAAUAAAGAGUUUAACUGUAAAAUAAC